AUGAGUGAUCUUGUAGGCCAGGAGUUCAGACUGGACAACAAGACAGAAUGGGAAAUGAUGAUGAUAUCUCGAGGAGAUGUCGUGGAGGUUUACCUACCAAGUACAAACUUGGAGGCCGCCCCGAAUCUUGGGGCCGGUUUCUGGGUGAAACAAACUUUCAUUCUCCCCGAAGGGGACUUUGCCGCAGUGGUCAAGAGCUUAGGCUGUUCAGACCCAGACUGGGCCAAGUAUUUUUCGAAUUUGUUCAACCGCCGAAGUGGCAAAUUGCAUUUCUGUGGCAGCAAGCCUUGUGCUGUCACUUCCGAGUUCACCAUGCACGUUACAAGGUUCAAGCUUUUCACCAUGGCCAGUUUCGACAAGCCAUAUCUUACUUCCUACAUCAAGCGGCAGGUACAGAAGUGGGAAGAAGAGGAUUUAGCCGAGGCAGACGAAGACGAGGUGAAUGUCUCUGGCCAUGCUGGCCGUCGAGACACAGGAUCACCGGACAGAGAGGAACAAGAAGAAGCACCAGGAGAUCCAAGAGAGCGUCCUCCAGAGAAGGACCCAGACAGAAAGAAGGCUGGAGAAGAAAAGAACAGACCAAAGGAGAAGAAAGAGGGUCACGCCCGGCCCAAGGCAUUUUCAGAUGCAGAACGAGAAAACCUGCGAAAGCGUUUAGACGAGGCCAGAGAGAAGAUGAUCAGACGUGGAGUAGAGAAACCCGCUGGCCGCAUGGCCGAGCCGGGGGGCGACGAGGAGGUAACCAACGUCCCAUCUUCCUCGCCAGGCUAUUCGUGCUCACCAGCGGGCGAGGAUGGGAUUCAAGCGUUGGAGGACCAGGGAGAACACGGAGGAGGAGAACAUCAGAAGAAGAAAUCAGAGAAGAAAGAGAAGAAUCGAAAGGACAAAGGCAAAGAGAAGAAAAAGAAGAGAGAAGGUGGGGCCCGCGAAGAGUCGGCUCUCAAAGGACUGGAGGAUUCAAAAGGAGGUACUACGCGAAACUUGCAGAACCAACUGGUCCUGAAAGCAGCCGAGACAGCAAAGGAGAAAGCUCAGAAGGAGAAAGCAGAGAAGAGGCGACAUCACAGGAAGGAUCCGGGUCGCCAGCUGGCGCUGAUCCUUACCAAGGCAGUGAGUGGAAAGAAGCGGAGGAAGAGGAGCUCAGAUGGAAGCAGUCACGCCUCCGGAGGAGACAGGAGCCAGAGGAAGGCCAAGAAGAAGAAAAGGAAGAAGAAGAGAAGCUCCAGUCCGGGUGGGGGCGACUCACCGACAUCGAGUUCGGGCAACAGCUCAGGAGCAGAGUCAAGCAGUUCGAGCGACAGCAAGAAGCGCCUGGUUGCUCCAUUGAGGAAGAAGUCACGGAGAAAACCGGGCAGCGUCUUGCAGAUGCUGCUACAACACGCACGGUCACAAUUAGAUCAAGGAGCAAAAGUACAAGUUCAAGAUGCAGAGAGCCUAACUAUGACCUCAGGCGUGCGGAUGGGGUCUUAUUUCGCCAUCUGCGUGAGGCCGCAGGUGGGGAAUGCGAUGGCUCAAGCACGAGAGCUACACCAUAUCGCGCAAGCGAUAGAUCUCCUGAGGCAGGGAGAUUUGGACCUGCUGGGCGAUGUGCUCGCAGGACGUUUCAUGUCUCUGAACCAGAGCGUCAUCGAUGGCAGUUGGGCCACAGCUCGACACCUGGAAUUGUUGCCGCUAGAGGAAGGAACGGCGGCAGGUCCAGAGGUCGUGCUCGAGGCCAAACGGCAUGCCAGGCUAGCCGCAAAACUGGCGCCGGCAGACCAGUGGAACUGGGGCAACUCCGGAAAAGGCAAAGGCGGCAGAGGCAAAGCCAGCAGUUGGCACGAUUCCUAUGGGGUUCAAAAAGGAAAAGGCAAGAAAGGUGCAGCUUUUCCGCUUCGUGAGGGAGAGCUUUGUGACUUGGUGCAGGUCUUUACAGAUCUGGCGCUGGCAGACGUAUCCUUGCAGCCGAUCGUAGAUAUGUGGUGGCAUAAGGCAUGGGCCUAUGUUGCCAUGUGCUCCCUGAAUCAUUUGGCUGGGAAAGGGGGGCGGCUAGCACCAGGGCGCUGGACACGACCCGAGCGCACUGCCGCAGGAUCAAUUCUGGCUGCUGUGCAACGUAGGAGUGAAGUGUCCAAACCUCACCCAACGUCCGAAGAAGGCUCCGUCGAAAUGGCCAAAGACUUGACCACUGAGGGGAUAGACUUUUUGACGGCGAGUGAAGAACUGGAGCAUAGCAGGGACAAGGGAUGCAUUCCAGUGCUCCUCAUCAGUUUAUUUAACGGCAUAGGUGGGGCCUUUAGAUGUUAUGACAUUUUGGGAGUUGAACCUUUGGGGCGUAUAGCAGUGGAACUGGAUGCCGCGGCGAACAGGGUGACCCAACGCAGAUGGCCUGGAGUUGAGCUGGUCAAGGUGCCUCUUGCAAAGAUGUUACAAUACGGGAGUUUGCACAAGGACGGUUCUCCAGAGCUGAAAGAAUACGGCAAAGAUCAAGUCUACAUCUUGCUGACCUGCCUCAUCGGCCUGUCCAUCUGCUACACGGGGAUCUGGGCGCAGAGUCUCAUCAGCGCGACGAGUUUCUUGGUGAUGGUUAACGCGAACAAGUUCUUGAUCAUCGGAAUCGAGGCCUUUGGCAUGCAUACCAAGGUGUUGACCCUGACGCAGUUACUGGGUGCAACCUUGUCCAUUGUGGGUGGCGUGUGCUACGGCCGCGCGCGACAGCAAAUGGAGGAUGAGGUCGAUGAGCAGAAGACUUUGCUGGCCAAGGUGCCGAACAGUGCCAGUAGCACCUUCCGACCCUACGAGAAUCGACUGGAGGACCGUUUCUCCGUAGAGACUCCUGAAGGAGACGAGGAGCUCAUGAUCAAAGUGCCCUUUGUGUCCCCUGCCAAGGUCAAUGUGUCCAGCGCACCGCCUCCGGAACAUGCAGAACAUGCAGCGGGUUCCCGCGACGCAAGUGGUGAACGUGUGAACGUCGUGUGGCACAAGUGGUCGGAUCUGCGUCUCUUGGACCACGAACCCCUUUGGCAAGCGCACCAUCGCCCUGAGCCGGUGCUGCACAUCCAUUUGGUCGAGCUCCCGUUGUUGGCCGGUCACAGCCGCGUGGCUGGAACUCCGCGCUGCUCAUCACGGCGGAAGGAGUUUUGGCAGCAGAGUGUGGAGGACCUAGCAAAGAAUCUGAAGGAGAGGGGGCAACACCUGGUAGUUGAGGCAGUCGAAGAUCCCACAGACUUCUUUGCCACGCUUUGCGAUCGCAUCUCUAUCAGCGCGGUCUUUGCGCACCAAGAGUUCUGCGAUGAGGAGUUGCAAACCGAGGCUUUUGAGGGUUCAUGA